GUUCAAUACAAGGAUCGCUUCCACCUACGUUGCAACUCGCGAGGCGUUUUGGAGAACCGAACUCGAAAUCGCUCACAGCACAGAGCUAUACAGCUUGGUCUCCACAGGCAACUCCAUGCAGCCUCCUACACCCAGCGAGCUUCUAUUCUUUACGUUACGAGAUUCGGGCGAGGUAGGCUUCAUCUCUCUGCGAGGUGCUCAGUCUCCUUACCUGACCCUGGCCGGACGCAGCUCACAGCCCAGCGCCGUGACCUAUGACCCAAUCAAACAGGUGGUGUACUGGAGUGAUGUGAAGGAAGGGGUCAUCUACAGGUCAACACUAGCCGGCACAGGAGAUCAGGAAAUAUUUCUGAACUCUACUAACGGAAUUGGAAUUGUUGAUGGUUUGGCCAUCGACUGGGUGUCUCGCCACCUGUACUUCACCAACAUGGGUCAGUCCACGCCAGGUCUGGACGGCGCCGUGUACUCCUGGCACAGGCUGGAGAAGAUCGCCCUGGACGGCUCGAGUCGCCGGACAGUAGUCACUGAUGUGGACAGGCCGCGCGGGGUAGCCAUUGAUCUGGACAAUGGACUUCUGUUCUUCGGCGACUGGGGCAAACAACCGCGGAUAUCCCAGUCCCUGCUGGACGGGUCACAGGUCAAAGUGAUCUUGGACAAAGACCUCAGUAACCCGAACGGUCUGACGUUCUAUGACGGCAAUCUGUACGUGGCUGACUCCAACUUCAACAACAAGACUUCCUCGCCACACCUCAUGUUGUACAAUGUGGAGUCCAAGGCUUGGACGCAGCUCAAGCUCAGCUCAAACGUUUCUCUGCCGAUGGGCUUGGCUGUGCAAGGCGACACUCUCUACUACUCUGACUGGGUCAGCACCGACAGCCUGAAGGGUUAUGUCAAGUCCUACAACCUGAGGUUUGGCGUGGACAACAACGUCAUUCUCAGCGGGAGGCGGCCUACAGGGCUGCUCUACUCUCCCAUGGCAAGGAGAAAACAAGAAUCCUUGGAUGCUGUGUGCGAGGAGUCCUUGUGUAGUCACGGCUGUGUGAGGAUGCCCCUCAACAAGGAGAAACCCUACCAGUGUGUGUGCUCAGACGAGUCCACCAGAGUUCUCUCCAGCAAUCAGGCUACUUGCGCAAGACCACAAAACUUCCUGCUUGUUGCUGACCUGAACACCCUCAAGCUGGUAUCUCUGGAUGACAACACAGACACCCGCUCCCACAACCUGCUGUACAGUGAUGUCAAGUCCAAUUUUGUGGCUCUGGCCUUCGACAAGUCCACAGACACAGUGUACUGGAGCGACCUCACCAAGCAAUCUAUAUUUUCGUCUCCAUUUUCGGACUUCGAGCCUCACCUGGUGUACAAAGCUAAUCAUUACAUUGAUGGUAUAGCUGUGGAUACAGAGAAACAGCGUCUUUUCUGGACCGGAUACAUGCAGAAUGGUUCUGGAGUGAUUGUGAGGCUCAACCUACAGAGAGGCAGUGGAUCAUACCAUGAGAUCUUACAGGGCUUGAACAACCCAAGGGCAAUACACAUCUACCCAAAGAAAAAACUAAUAUUCUGGACAGAGUAUGGUGGCAACAGUGGCCCUGCAUGUGUGAACAAAGCCAAGAUCAAUGGCCGCCACCCAAAGAUGCUCAUGUCCCACGGCCUGUUCUGGCCCAAUGCUCUGGCGACACAUAAGCAGCGUCUCUAUGUAGCAGAUGGGGCUGGCAAAGUCUUUGUCAUGAACUUUGAUGGCAGAGACCUUGAAGAGUUAUCUUUCCUGACGGGCUCUGCCCUGCACAUCUUCGGCCUGGUCAUUAUGGACACAGUUCUCUUCUACUCCGAUUGGUUCACGAACAGCGUGUACAUGGUAGACAGAGUGACCGGUCAGACCAGCGCUGUCGUGGAACAUCUGUCUCGACCCACAAGCAUUGUGGUCUACCACCCAACUAACUUGACUGAAACCAGCCAGUGUCAGACAGAGGGCCAGAAGUGUGCAGAGACCUGUGUCCCUGUUCCACGUGGCUUCCACUGCACAUGUUCCAUCGGCUCCAAACUGGCAUCUGACGGAUUCAACUGCAUUAAAAUGGCAAGUCCGUGGGAACUGACGGAGGAGUCUCGCUGUGGCAGUCAGUGUCAUCAGGACGCCUACUGCUCCCAGCUCGUUCCCUUGCUCCAGUACCAGUGUGUAUGCAAGACGGGGUAUGAGGGGGAUGGCAUUCGAUGCUCAGAAUGUGGCGAGGAUUUCUACAAGCCUCUGCUAGGCAACGACACCUGCUAUCCAUGUCCUGUGGGCUCCACUACAAUGGGAUCAACCACAGCCUCUCAGUGCUACUGUACAAACCCUCAACAUCGCUUGGUCAACGCUCUCUGUACAGAUGCCACUACAACAACAUCUACCUCGACCACAACCAGCGAGCCGAUGGAGCCCAAGACUGAGGAAGAUUUUAACCUCAGCUCUCAAAUGCCUGAUCCUACCACAGAGUUCCCUGGGAUGCGUUUGCCUGAAGGGACUAUAGGUGCUCCAUACUUUGAGAACUGCCCUCACGGAGAGACAAUGAUGAUGAGACUACCAGAGACCAGCAAUCGCAUCUGGUUGCCCAUCAAUUGGACGGCCCGCAACGUGUUCGGAGAUGAACUCAAGAGCAUCUCAAACUUCAACACAACGGAGAACAAGAUCCUCAUCCCAUGGGUGGCUAACGGCCGAGCCGGGGUCCAGACUGUUGUCUUUGAGGCGAAGGAUCAGUGGGACCAGAUAGCCACGUGUCAGUUCCAGGUGUUGUUGGAGGAUUUUAUUCCACCCAAGUUUUCAUCUUGCCCUCACAACAUUGUCCAGAAGACAUCAAUGAACAGAGAACCGAUCACCUGGCAGAGCCCUACAGCCACAGACAAUGUUCAUGAACCAAAAGUCAUGAAGAGCCACGAACCAAAAAGCGAGUUCGGUGUAGGGAACACAAUGGUCACUUACACCGCAACUGAUGGUGCUGGCAAUACUGCUACAUGCACCUUCAAUGUGACCCUGAUACACGAGCAACCCUGUGACCUGCCAGAGAUCAAGUAUGGAGCGUUUGUGUGUGGCACAGAGUACUCUGACAUCUGCCACAUCAUGUGCAGUGAAGGUUAUAUCCUCAAUCCUCUGGGCAUGUUCCCGCGGUCUUUCAAGUGCAUGAUUGACUCUGAUGUGGCCGACUUGACCAAGGUCAUGAAACGGAGGUCGCCCUGCCUCAAGAGAAGGCGUCCCACAACGGCACAUCAAGAAUUCAGCAUCAGUUUCAAGGGUCCAUGCCGUCCUAAUGAUGCUGUUCUCAAGGCAGAACUUAGGGAAAAAGUCAUUGACAAGUUGGAGUCCAUGAACCUGUGUCUGGGAGCCACGUGCACUCACAGCCCGAUCCGACUUGAUUGUGGUCCGGUCGUGAAGCGAAGACGUUAUGCGGAGGAAUCCUUCAACAUGACCUGGAAUGUGACCAUUGAGUAUGUUCCUCCACAGCAGGAAAUCUAUGAUGGAUUCAGCAGAGGUCAAGUGGAACGUAUUGUGACUGAUAUGAAGCUGGAGCUGAAGAAACUGGUGCCUCAUCUCAACGUGUUUCUACGGCAACAAGCAUACAGACCAGCUGCCCGCAGCUUCAGCACACGUGACUUCCAGUGGCUUUGUUUGUCAGGGGAGAUGAAGAUUAUGGAUGGAUGUGUGCCUUGCCCACCUGGCUCAUAUCUGAAUCACACACUGAUGAAGUGCAUGCUAUGUGAUGAAGGAUUUUACCAGAACACAUCCAGCCAAACAAAGUGUGUGCAGUGCUCUGAGGGAAUAACCAUGGAGGCGGGAGCGGUCAACAAGACAGAAUGUGUGACCUUUCCUGCAAUCAACGAAAUGAGCAAGUUCCUCAUCAUCACGGCCUGUUCCUUCGGCUUUGUCUUCCUGUGUCUUGUCAUUUUCAUGUUCCUUCAGUACAAACACCAGGUUAAGAAGAAUAAAGGAAGCCAAUCUGUAACCAACAAUUCACGUUACAUGACACCCAAUCUGUACGCCCAGGCCCCGGCACCAAACCAAAAGUGUCCAGAUUACAUCCGCGGGACUGGCUCUGGAACUAGAGAUUACUUCAUGAAUAGUCAUGACUACGAGGAUAUUGACGGGCACCACAAGUCCGCGUUUGAAACUUUUUCACGUCAAGCUCCAGGCUGUCGAGACUCUCUCAGCUCCUUCAAGGCUCCGACUGACCUCACUUUCCUUCAGUCUCCGUCUCCCAAUGGAAAUUCCUUCCGAGGCCACGAUGAUAUAAUGAUGCCCAGUUCUCCCAGAGAAAGUACCAAAGCCUUCCACCUCCACGGAGAUGGGGGUUUUCAGUACACCAUCUCCCCCAAUGGCACUAUGGGAUCAUUUAAAGGCUCCCCACCUUCCUCUCCCUACCGCAGCCUUCACUUCGGCGGUAGUGGCCCUGUGUCUAAAGGUUCCUCCGAGUCUCCUACCCACAGCUCUCACACUCUUAGCUCUCUGAUUGGAGACGAAAGCCCAUACACAAGUCGCCUUAUACGGGACAGACUGAUUGAUCCAGACAGCCCAUACCGAAUCAUCUCCCAUGAACGCCGAACAGGAAGUGAGAGCCCUUACAAGAGGAAGAUUGAGGUGGAGAACCCACAUGGCAUGCAGAAUGACCCAGUUAUGAUGAACCACGAGGGUCCGUACCGACUCGUCGCUAAAGAAUCUCCCUACAGGAGUCCAGCCCUUCAGCGAGAACUGGCUCAAUCUCUGCGUGUCAACACGGACAUGCCCCCUCGCAGCCCAGGCCCUGCCUACCCUCAGGCCACCGACGUCCAAAAUUCCCUUCGAUCUGUGCACGACAGCCCCAGUCUACACCGCCAGAUGUCGACACCUCGGGAGGACCCUAGCGCCUUUUUGCCAGUUGGAGACUUCUUGUACAAGAGGCCUCCUUCUCCGUUAUCUCCUCCCAUCUCUAGCAGGAAGUCAACCGAUUCCCUCCAGCGAUCUCCAUCUACCCCUCGUGCUUCCCCUAGCAUGUCUCGGAGGCGUAUUGAUGGCUCGUACCGAACUCCCCCGAUGUCACAGAGAAGAAAGGCCAAAAAUGAGAUGGGAAUAUAUGAAUAUGACUGAAUACCAUAAAUUCUAAUGAAAUAAUUUAGCUUAGAACAGCUUGCUCUUUUGCUUCAGUUAAAUGGCAGGAGAUGAUCCCACCUGCCUCAUUGUUUGCAGCUGAAAAGAGACCUGUGGAUGAUUCCACCCGAAUUUUAUUCGGCAGAGUCUGUUAAACUGUUUUAGUUAAAUUUUCACAACAUCAAAAUUGCUCCAUCCCGCUCAUUAUUAACCACUAUUUGCAGGUGCAUCUUUUGUAUCUUUGCACGGAUAGAGUUGUCAUUGCGUGGGGUUGAUUCUGAACUCUGGCCAAAAGGAGACUGCUGAACUGGCAAAAUUUACUUUCUUUCAUGUAGUUUGAGCUCCAGAUAGAAAUCAUUGAAGUUGUACAGUCACUUAUUAACAGGAAAAAUGACUUUGGUUUCAUCAAUUAUGCUUCAUUUGUGACCAAAUAGCCCACAUCUUUGGGUUCAGAUGCAUUGAACUGAUGGUCAUCAAAUAAUGCAUUUCCCCAUGUUGACAGUGUGUAACUCUGCAGAUCUUUUUUUUUCAAACUUGGACACAUUUCUCUGUGCCCAGGUCUGUGUUUCAGAAACGUAAUUUUUUAAGGGAUCUAAAAGAUUAGCAUUUUAUUGUGAGCAUGUGAAAAGGUAGAUUUUUGCUCUCUGAACUAUAGUUAGACAUCUAGCUGGGACUAGUUAUAGAGUAAAUAACUGCUUUAACCUUCGAGUAUUUGCUUUUACAUAUCUCAGUGUUGUUACAGUAGCAAAAUGUGCUUGUCUUGUUGUCUGGUCACCGGUUGGAGAGGAUUGAGAGUCUAGAUAGUUUAUUCAAUGCUCUGAAACGUGACGUGAAACAGCGUAAGGUAUAUGGAUAUUUGACUGAAAAGGCAAGAGGAUCUUGCACUUAAGAAAGAAGUCUGUCACAAAAGAUGUAAAUUUCACAAGUAGCAGCAUUUAUUCUACAUGCUUUGAAUGACACAACGUCUGAGCUGCUUGUCAAACUUUUGUUUACAGAGAAUUCUUCAAGUUGUGUGAAUUUCUGGAAAAAUGGAAUGAUAUUCAAUUGGGCUGCUUUUGUCUCGCUUCUAUUUCCUUCACCUGAGAAUACGAUUUGAGGUGUGAACAAAAACACGUGGGAGCUAUGCACAUAUCACACCUCAUGUGUUCUGAUUCAUUAUGAUGUUUACAUAAUAUCACUUCCAAAACUGUUCAUGGCUGAAUGUAAAAACAUUUCGAGUCUCUGUCUUUACAAAGAAAAAAGAAUGAAUGGUAAAGGAUUUAUUUAUCUUAAUUAGAUAUUUUCUAGUUCAUUGUCUUCUACCCAAUUCUUUGUACAUUUUACGGAAAUUCUGUAGACUGCUGUAAUUUUAGAUAUUGGAAUAUUUUAAAAUGAUGAAUGAAAAACUAGGUCCCUGUAGACUGCAGAAUAUCACAAAACUGCAGAUUUUUCUUUUCAUCUAUUUGCAUGUUUUUUACAUCUAGGAGAACUUUUGAAAGUUAUUUCCAAUGAGCUAUUUUUCACUCUCUAGUAGCAUUAUGCUUAUUGUGUGGUUUCCUUCAGUGUUUUGACAAAUUCAAUGAUGACAACACAUUUGUAAAGUGGAAUGAAAGUAUAACUGUAGAGUAAGUGAUUCUUUUUUUUCUUGUAGAUAAUUGUGCUUUGGGAGUUUCUCGUGUGAAGUUGACAAAAAUUAAGGAGCGCAGAAUUUGUGGAAUGCUUGAGAUAAAGAAAAAGGUGAUGAUUAAAAAUUGAUCUGUGUGUUUGCCUGUUCAUGUAUAUUUUAUGUAUGUGCUUAUUUAAUGCUAUUGAUUGACAUAUAUGCACAUUUAUUUAAAUGUGUAGGUGCGUAAUAUAUGUACAUACAUGUUUGAAAAUGUGUUUCUGUAUUUUUGAAGGUGUCCAUAAGUGCGUAUGUUUGAACUUGAUGUGAAGGUGUCCAUGCAUGAGCAUGAUGGUGUAUGUAGUCAUAAAAUAAUAUGUUUAAGUAUACGUGUGUGACAAAUUUUUGUCAUAUUAUAUGCUUGUGCGAGGAAAUGAGUGCUUAGGGCCAUGAAUGAGAAAGAGUAUGUGUCUGGUCACAUAGGUGUAUUCUAAUUUGUGUGUUUGUGUACGAGUGCUGCUGUAACAUUGCAGCAUGAAAGAGUGACUGAGAAAUACCAUUAUGCUAUGCAGUUUCAUUCAUUCCAUUUAUCUGUGUCUCCAUAGCGCUGUAACUGUAAAAGCCUUGUUGAUGUGUAGAUAUAAGGAGUUCGGCACAAACUAGUGCUUUGAGAUGUAAGCAUAAAAGCAUUUUUAGUCCUAACAGUUAUUUGCCUUAUAAAUGUCUAUCUAGUCAUUGACAUUGUCAGGGUGGUAGUGUGUGUUGUCCAUACAAAUGUGUCUUAUUCACAUCAUCUUUGCAUUCAUCAUUGUUAUAAAUGGCAUACUUGUAAAUUUUGAUGUGUUUGUAUACAUAUUCAGUUGGAAAUGCCAUGAGUGAAUGAUGUGGAUGGAAGAGUAUAUGCUAGAAAUAUUAAUACAAUCAGCAUUUUGUCAUAAAAUAUGUACCGUACUUAAAACUUGAUCGCCUAGACCAUGGCAGUCAGCCGUCACGCAUCCUUGUACCUGAUUAGAACUAAUCAUAUGUAUUGCUGAAAGUUGGUGACUAUGGAAGACAAGAAUUGUUUUAAAAGGUGUCAAAACAAUGUGAUGUAUGACAACCAUUUUAUUUGAUCCUUUCUGGCAAUAUCACACCUUUGGAGAUUCCAUAAAUUAUUGUUCUAGCUUUUCACUCUUCAUUAUAAGAGUGCCCAGGUUUUCUGGGGUAAGCAGUCUGUUUGAAAGAUGUGCACAUAAAGCGAUUCCUCAAAGUUGAAAGUUGUGAUGUAUGUGACGUUUUUAUUAAAUAUCAUCCAAGACAUGCUCAUUUGCAGUAACAUCUAAACACGUCUUGAGAGAAAAGUCAAAUUUCGAAAUACUUACUUCACACUUUGACAAAAUGUCAUCAUGUGCAGACUCAUUAACCAACUUUGUCCAAUUAUCUCUUAUGAGUUCUUCUCAACCUCAGCAACAACAUGUUUCACUUUCAAAUGACCAUGACCUGUUCAUCUGCUUCUAGUUUUAAAGAAACAAUUGUCAUGCUGUCAAAGGUCUUUGUACAACAUGCUAUUCUCUGAACACUUCAUACCUCAGAAACCUUUUAUUCAACGAACUAGUUUUUAUGAUUCUCUCAGCGGAGAUAUAUUUUUUCUUUACCAGUUUUUAUUCUUAUUCAAUCUCAAGUGUAAUCCGGAGAUUCACUUUUAAUUCACAGAUACACUAGAUAUGGCAUAUUAAGGCUGUUAAUUAACAAAUUUUACAAAUUUGUUUUUUUUUGUCGAAAUACUUGAUUUAUCGUAGAUGUCUUAUCACUUUCUUCUGAAGCCUCUUUAUAGGGCAUUUUAUCUCUCAUGAUUACUGUUUUUAAAAAAGACUGAAUAGUGCAAUAGAAGUUUAGGAAAUGUAUUUUAGUUUUUCACAGAUCUAAGGCUCACUCCUAAUGUAGAUCUAAACAAUUCAAUCCACAUACAUUAUGGUUUGAUAACUUUGUCUCUCUCGUGCUAGACUCGGAGGCCAGUAAGUACAUCCUGAGCAAGAUAUGAACCAGUGUCUGGUUCACUCUUUUCCUUCCUCCCUCCCUCUUUCCUAGAAUUUGAGAAGUAUCAUUUUAUAAUAAUAUCUUGGUGGUUCUAGAAAAGAACUGAAGCAUGAUCAGUUUUGUCACUUUAGCAGCUGCUGAUGUGGGCUGAUUUGUGUAUGACGUAAGUGAACAAAGAAACUGAGAAGCUACUAAUCUAAUCUUACAAUUUUUAUAAAGCUGGGUACCUCACUUAUCAAACAACCAAAUGCUGUGUGAAGGUAAACAAGAAUAUAAAAAUACAAGAGUAUGUAAGCUUCCAGGAACGGAUAUUUCUAAAUCGUUUGCGUUUUUUUAGUACAUAUUUUUUACAUUUAGUCCAUUUCUGUUGAUAAAGAAAUGUACGUGUACACGUUCUUGUAUUAUCUUGUUCUGGAAGCUUACAUAUUUUCAUGUCUCACACAAGGCUCAAGGCUGUUUGUAUUAUACAACCAAGAAUACCUCUACAGUCUACAGAAACUUUUUGUUUGCCUUGCAAAACUGUAUCACAGUGAGUAAUGGGGCAAAAUUUUACAGGAGAAUUUCCUGGAAGAAAAAUCAGUUUACAGUGUGUUCUACAUAGAACUGCUCAUUGAGUACUUGAGCUUCGAGUACAUUUGCACAGUAAUGUGGGACUCUUCUCUUUUACUGAACCAAUAUAUAACUCUGUAAUUUGACAGGCUUAAAAAACACUGUAGUGUGAUCAGAAAAGUUAUUCUUGAAAAGGUACAGUAAACAUUUUACAAAGGGUCAUAGCCAUUGGGGAAAGGUUUAAAUCAGUAUAUCAAAGUUUCUUAUCAUUUCAGCUUUCAAAGUAAUAGAGAUCUCUGAGAAAUGUCUUUUAGACUCACGUAAAUCAUUAAGAACAUUGGAAAAUAUUUUCUCUCCCCCCCCCCCCUCAUCCAUCCCUCCUCUCCCCCCCCCCACCUUCCCCCACACACAUUAUUCCGUUGUCAAAAAAAUUUAAACUCAUACCAGACUAUAAAUCUAGCCUAAGUUAUGAAUAUGAAUUCAGAGCCAUCAGUCAAAAAUUAACAAUAGCUGCCUUCAUUUCUGUGGUACUUUGUAAUCAAUAUAUAUGCUCUAAGUAACAGUAUACCUCCCGAUUCUGGGUUCACCAUAUUAUAUCUAAGUAAGUCAAUUUCUACUCCUCUUGUCUUCUAUAUCAUUUCACAUGUUCUUUCUAUUCAGUAAUAGGGCUGUCAUGGAUCUAGUGUACGGACUUGUCAUUAUUUAAACGAUUCCAAUAAAACAAUUUUUUUUUGUUUCA